AUGAGUAAUACUAUGCGCCCAAUUGUUCUUACGCCGAAAGUGAAAUAUUCCCUAGAAUGUUUAUUACCUAAGUCAUAUUCAGCCGAAAUAGCCACCUUAGACCGACUUGAAGCGGCCAAAAUAGCAGCCGAAGCCCAUAGAAGAGCCCGAGGAGUACUACAAGACCAGAUUCAGCCGGGAAUGAGUCUUUUAGAGAUAGCCGAGAUAAUCGAAAGUUCAACUAAGAUCUUACUAGGCCAAGGAUACAAUCAGGGAAUAGGAUUCCCAACUGGACUUUCUCUUAAUUCCUGUGCUGCCCAUGAUACACCCAAUCCCAAAUCAAAACCUACUCUCUUAUCAGCUAAUGAUGUACUUAAAGUAGAUUUUGGUACGCAAGUAGAUGGAUACAUUAUAGAUUCAGCCUUUACAGUAACUUUCAAUCCUGAGUAUGAGAAUCUUCUUCUAGCUGCUCGUGAGUCUGUUUAUGCUUGUUUAAAGAUAGCUGGACCUGAUGUACCCCUGGAUUUGAUUGGAGAAACGGCUGAUGAAGUAAUUAGGAGUUAUGAACUAACUAUUGAUGGUCGAACUGUUCCCAUUAGACCAGUAGCUAACUUAAAUGGUCAUACGAUUAACCGGUUUAAAAUUCAUGGGGGUAAGUAUGUGCCGAUUGUGAAAAGGUCUGGGAAUAGGGAUAGAAUGGAAGUAGGUGAGUUUUAUGCUUUUGAAACCUUUGCUACAACUGGGAAUGGUUUAGUGGUGGAAAAAGGUGAUUGUUCUCAUUAUAUGGCUACUAAUAAGAAAGUCAAUUCUCGUCUGGAAGGAGUUAAGACUUUACAGACUUAUAUUCAAGAUAAGUUUAAUGGUUUACCUUUCUGUAAGAGGUAUAUUGGUCCUGAGAUUAAGUGUGCUGAUGUUUAUCUAAAGCAGUUGGAGAAAGCAGGUGGAGUAGAAGGAUAUCCUCCCCUUUGUGAUAGUCCGGGUAGUUUAGUGGCUCAAUUUGAACAUACUCUCUUUGUGAAGGAGGGAGGGAUUGAAGUUCUUUCUAAAGGUGAUGACUACUAA